AACUAUGGCCUAUGGCAUCGGAUUCGGAUCCAAUCCAAUCCGUACUGCUGCGAAGUGUUUCGGCAGUUGUAUACAAAAAGAAAUAGUAUUGCUUCUGUUUUUUACAACUAGCUUCGUCCGUGAUUGACUUCUUUAGGAGACAGCAAUGUCUCUGUGCUGUGCACUGAGCAACGAGACACCGGAGCAACCUGUGGUGUCUCCGGUAUCUGGCAGCGUGUUCGAGAGACGGCUCAUCAGUAAAUACAUUCGAGAGCAUGGUCGUGAUCCAAUCAAUGGGGAGACACUUACGGAAGAGAUGCUCGUGGAGCUCAAGGCACCUCCUGUCGCUAAACCCAGACCACCAUCGGCGACCAGCGUUCCGGCGCUUCUGAAAGCUCUGCAGGACGAAUGGGACGCGGUAAUGCUGCACAGCUUCUCCUUGCGACAGCAACUCCAGACUGCUCGCCAGGAGCUUUCCCACACUUUGUAUCAGCACGAUGCAGCGUGCAGAGUUAUUGCACGUCUUACAAAGGAAGUGACGGCCGCCAGAGAGGCCUUGGCCACGCUGAAGCCCCAAGCAGCACAGGCUGCUGCGCAGGCCAUAGCAACACAGGCCGUAGGCAACGAGGAGGCAGCUGUACCAGCUGGAGCAGCUGGAGCGGAAGAAGGCAUGUCCGCCGACGUCGUGCGGAAGCUACAGGAACGUGCCGCCCUGCUCACGGCGCAGCGGAAGAAAAGAGGCAAGGCCGUGCCGGAAGACCUGGCUCAGCCCGAGGAGCUGCGAGGUUAUCGGGCACUGGCUUCCCAUCCCGGACUGCACAGUGCCGGCCUCCCCGGCAUAUUGGCUCUUGACCUGAGCCCGUCGGACAGAGUCCUGACCGGAGGAAAUGACAGGAACGCGACAGUGUUCAACAAGGACUCUGAGCAAGUGGUGGCAGUCCUUAAGGGUCAUACGAAGAAGGUAACCUCCGUAGUGUUCCACCCGGACGAAGACACAGCAGUCACAGCAUCACCAGACACGACGGUCCGCGUGUGGCACGUGCCCACCGCCCAGACCGUCCAAGUCAUCCGCGCCCACGAGGGCCCGGUGACAGGGCUUAGCCUGCACGCCACAGGGGAGUACCUGCUCUCCACAUCGGCCGACCAACACUGGGCGUUCUCCGACCUGCGCACCGGCCGCGUGCUGGCACGCGUGGCCGACACCUGUCCCCUGACGGCGGCACAGUUCCAUCCCGACGGUCUCAUCUUGGGUACGGGUACGGCAGACGCUCUGGUCAAGAUCUGGGAUCUGAAAGAGCGCACCAACGUCGCCAACUUUCCCGGGCAUUCCGGUCCGGUGGCCGCACUGGCGUUCUCCGAAAACGGUUACUACCUGGCUACGGCUGCGGCAGACGCCUGCGUCCGUCUCUGGGAUCUGCGGAAGCUCAAGAACUUCCGUACGAUUACUCUGGACGAGGGCUAUCAGGUCCACGAUCUCAGCUUUGACCAGAGCGGCACCUAUCUGGCAGUUGCGGGAACUGACGUGCGGGUUUACCUGUGCAAGCAGUGGGACACCCUCAGGGUGUUCGCCGACCAUACGGCCCUGGCUACGGGAGUCCGGUUCACGCAUCGGGCCCGCGGUAUUGCUUCCGUCAGUAUGGACCGCACCCUUAAGAUAUACGGACUGUAGAUGUUUUUUUUUUUUAGCGGGGCAUGUUUUGGUUGUCAAUAAACUUCUACUCCCUUUU